AUGAGAAGGCCGGCCGGGUCCGGGAGGCGGGCGGCGGCGGCAGCAGCCAUAUUGUUGGGAGUUCUUGUCUUAAUGUCAUUAGUAGUGGUGGUGGAGAAGCCGUCUACGACGGCGAUCGGCGGCGUGGCGAUCGGAGGGAGGAGGAUGCUGGCGGCAGGUGACGAAGGUGAGAUGAGGAGGUCUCUGGAGGAUUUCAGCGCCGAUGAUCCUUUCCAGGACAGCGAGAGGAAGGUGCCCAAUGGCCCUGAUCCCAUCCACAACAGGGGGGCUGGCAAGUCGGGAAGAUCGCCGGGCCGAGCGUAGGGCACGCAUCUCGAGGCAUAGAAGCUUCCGAGGCUGAAUAUGGUGGAGCAGAGGAAUGG